AUGGCACGAACCAAGCAAACCGCUCGCAAGUCCACUGGUGGCAAGGCACCUCGCAAGCAGCUCGCCUCCAAGGCCGCUCGCAAGUCUGCUCCCAGCACCGGUGGUGUCAAGAAGCCCCAUCGUUAUAAGCCCGGUACCGUCGCUCUCCGUGAGAUUCGUCGCUACCAGAAAUCCACUGAGCUCCUCAUCCGCAAGCUGCCCUUCCAGCGUCUUGUCCGAGAAAUCGCCCAGGACUUCAAGUCUGAUCUCCGCUUCCAAUCUUCAGCCAUCGGCGCUCUCCAAGAGUCCGUUGAGGCUUACCUCGUCUCUCUCUUUGAAGACACCAACCUCUGCGCCAUCCACGCCAAGCGUGUCACUAUCCAAUCCAAGGAUAUCCAACUUGCCCGCCGUCUUCGUGGUGAGCGAUCUUAG